CAGGGUCAGGCCUGGCCCUUCUGGGGGCGUGUCCGGGGGCAGAGCACGCCGGGGAAGCGCAGCUCCAUUAAUCGCCCUGGGAUUCUGCGCAUUGUAGUCUUCUGAUUGUCAUCGGGAGGAGGAGGAAGGAGAAUGUGUCUGCUGAGCGCUGCCUAGCUGCCGGCGUGGGCUCUGCCGCUGAGGAGGACCGGGGAGACGGCCGCUCGGCUCCACCAUGCGCGGGCUGCUGUGUCUGCUCAUCCCCUGGAUCCCCUGGACACGGGCUGAGGACAGCGCCAUGGAGGAGAUCGCCACGGAGCAGGAGGCAGAGGAGAGCCACCGGCAGGACAGCGUCAGCCUGCUGACAUUCAUCCUGCUGCUCACCCUAACCAUCCUCACCAUCUGGCUCUUCAAGCACCGCCGGGCACGCUUCCUGCACGAGACCGGCCUGGCCAUGAUAUACGGUCUUAUUGUUGGGGUGAUUUUGAGGUAUGGUAUACCUUCCACCAGCACCUAUGACAAAGCCAUCAGCUGCUCUCCAGAACAGAGGGCAUUCACCACACUGCUGGUCAACGUCAGUGGGAAGUUCUUUGAGUACACAUUAAAGGGAGAAAUUAUUCCUGAGAAGAUUCAUAAUAUGGAACAGAAUGACAUGUUGAGAAAAGUGACCUUUGACCCAGAAGUCUUCUUUAAUAUUUUGUUGCCACCUAUUAUUUUCCACGCUGGAUACAGUUUAAAAAAGCGCCACUUCUUCAGAAACAUUGGCUCCAUCCUCGCCUAUGCUUUCUUUGGCACGGCAGUCUCGUGUUUUAUCAUUGGAAAUCUCAUGUAUGGAGUAGUGAAAUUAAUGACGCUUGUGGGUCAGCUGAAUGGUAAAUUUUUCUACACAGACUGUCUCUUUUUUGGAGCCAUCAUCUCCGCGACAGACCCAGUGACAGUCCUAGCAAUAUUCAAUGACCUGCGUGCAGACGUGGAUUUGUAUGCCCUCUUGUUUGGGGAAAGUGUGCUUAAUGAUGCGGUAGCCAUUGUGUUGUCUUCGUCUAUAAUGGCAUAUCAACCGACCGGUGAGAACUCGCACACGUUUGAUGCAGCUGCCUUUUUCAAGUCUGUUGGUGUUUUCGUUGGCAUAUUCAGUGGGUCUUUUGCAAUGGGUGUUUGCACUGGCAUCUCCACAGCUCUUGUAACAAAGUUUACCAAGCUGCACUGCUUUCCCUUACUGGAGACGGCCUUGUUCUUUCUAUUGUCUUGGAGUACAUUCCUCCUGGCUGAAGCUUGUGGCUUUACAGGAGUAGUCGCUGUUCUGUUCUGUGGUAUCACACAAGCUCAUUACACGUAUAAUAAUUUAUCGCCUGAAUCAAGGACUAGAACUAAACAGCUUUUUGAGGUCCUGCACUUCCUGGCUGAAAACUUCAUAUUUUCGUACAUGGGAUUAGCGUUGUUCACGUUUCAGAAACACGUAUUUAGCCCAAUCUUUAUUGUUGGCGCUUUUAUAGCUGUAUUUGUAGGUAGAGCAGCUCAUGUAUACCCCCUAUCUUUUUUUCUGAACCUGGGCAGAAGACACAAGAUUGGCUGGAAUUUUCAGCACAUGAUGAUGUUUUCAGGCCUCCGAGGAGCUAUGGCAUUUGCACUUUCCAUACGUGACACUGCUUCAUAUGCCCAUCACAUGAUGUUCUCCACUACUCUCCUGAUUGUCUUCUUUACUGUGUGGAUAAUAGGUGGUGGAACUACGCCCAUGUUGUCUUGGCUCAAUAUCCGGGUUGGUGUUGAUCCAGAUGAAGACCCACCUCCAACUAAUGACAGUUUUCAAGUAUUACAAGCAGACAGUGGAAUUGCAAAUGGAAGUCGCACAAAGCAAGAAAGUGCUUGGAUAUUUAGGCUUUGGUACAGCUUUGAUCACAAAUAUCUGAAGCCAAUGCUGACGCACAGCGGUCCUCCAUUAACUUCAACGUUGCCAAGCUGGUGUAGUUUGGUGGCCAAAUGUUUCACAAGUCCACAGGUCUACAAUAACCCAGAGCAGCUGAGGGAAGAUGAUACAGAUUUCAUAUUUAAUGAUGGUGACCUGACGUUAACAUAUGGGGACACCACAAUUACAGCCAAUGGCUCUUCUGGCUCCCACACAGCGACUACAAGCCUAGAUGGCAGAAGAACAAAAAGCAGUUCGGAGGAGGCAUUGGAACGUGAACUUGGAGGAGACUAUGAGAUCACAAACCGGGGAACCCGACUAGUGUUUCCACUAGAAGAGAACGCGUAAUAUCAUGCGCAAGUAACACAGUGGAAGGAAAGGUGUAUGACCAUAUGUGGUACCAGAAGUAUCUCAGGCCCAGUGUGGAGAUGAAUAGUUGGGUGCAGUUCACACACUAGAAAUAUGGCCAUUUCUCUGGUACUGUCGGAGAACCUACAAGACUAUUUUAUUUCCUCAUCCAAUACGGAACCUGAGAUUCUUUAGAUGUGGCACAGAAAUCUGCAAUAUAAUUUGGCUGUGGACCUCUCCAUGCCUGCUCCUCUCCUAAAUAGCUUAAUCCCAACUAUAUAUUUGUAAGGUAGAUGUGACUGCUUUAUUCCAUCGUGUUUUAACUAGCAGCUUUCGUUAACAGCAAGGAGAAAUCUCUUUUUGGAAAGUGCCUAUCAUUUAAAGAGCAAGUGGCAAUGUUAUGAUGACUGGAAGCGUUAACGGAUUUUUUACAAUUCUUGUACUAUACAGUAUAUAGCAUCUGAACUGCAUGAUGACAUGGACAGUUUACAUGAAGAAUAAGAUUAUUUUUGUUUUUUAUGAUUUUGUAUAUGUAGGUCAAUGUAUGUUCAAUGAUGAAGCAUGUCUAAUAAAUGUAAUAAACUGUAUGUAGUAAAAUGUUACAUAUUCAGAAAUAUGACCUAGGCUAGUGAAUCAAUGCAGUGCACAACUACAUGUUUUAUGUUUAUUCAUUAAAGCGCUGCCCUUCCUACAUAUUUAUACACGUGUUCCAAAAUCUGAGCUCAAGCACAAUUGCUUAAAAAGCAAUUUCAACAUAGUAUAAAAGUGCAGAACAAACUGUAUACCUGUGAAGACUGCCAUGUGGAAGAUGCUUGAAACUGAAAAUUUACUCCCAUGUCGUGUGUUUCAUCAAAGUCUGGUUUUCAAUAUAAUUAUAAAAGUGCAAUAUUUUAAGACCUGUAAAAUGACCUGAAAUUGUACAGUACCAUUUAUUAAAACAGACUCUUUAAAUG